CGGAUCUGAGAAUUAGAUUGCAGCAAUUAUUUUGUCAAGGGGCCAAGGGCUAGCUUUCACUUCUCUCAGGUUUAUCAGAAGACUCUGCAGUCGCCAUGUCUCGUAAGAUAAUUGGGAUCCUUCCUAACUAUUACGUGCACGUACUAGACCUGAAUACUAAUAUAACUACAGUUGAAAUUGGCCCGCAGAACCUUGUCCUACAGGACAAUCACUCUCUUGAAGCCGGUCCUCUUCCCUUCGUGACGAUACCCCCGGGCCACUACUGCCGAGUGGAACAUCCCAUCGAUAUCAAUAAACCAAUAGUUGAUGGGAAGUUAUACGAACUGAGAUUUGGACACAGAGAAAUAAGACUCCAUGGGGAUCCUUUCCCAUUGUUUCCUGGAGAGAGAUUACCUGAGAGUGGCAGUGCAACUGAUUAUUCUCGUGCUAUCAAGCGUCUUCCAACCAUAAAAGCAGAUCAUGGGAUACACUUGAGUGCUCUGGUUGAUAUGGAGGAGACUGAUACUGCCCCAGCUCGUAAGGCAGGGGAUGAGUGGCAGCUGAGAGGACCAUUGACCUACUUACCCAAACCAGAAGAGCAAGUAGUAAAGAUGGUGUCUCCUAUUAUAAUAACUCCUGGUCAUGCUGUUCGUCUCAGAGCUCGUCAAGCCUUCACUGACGCUAAGGGAAUUUAUCGUUGCACUGGUGAGGAGUGGUUGGUAAGGGAUAUUGGAGCUUAUCUACCUGAUGUGUAUGAGGAGGUAGUAGAAGAGGUUGAUGCUUACACUCUAACACCAAACAAUGCUUUACACAUCAGAGCCAACUGUAACUUCACUGAUCAGUUUGGUAGGGGGAGAAGGAUUGGAGAGGAGUGGCUGGUUAAAUAUGAUGACACUGAAUCAUACAUACCUGAUGUCACUGAGGAGGUUGUUAAUGAGGUCCAGUUGACUGUUUUAUCUCACCAUCAGUAUUGUGUGGUUGUUAAUCCUCUUGGUGAUGAUGGUAGACCACGUCUUGGCUGUAGGGAACUGAGAAAAGGACCCAAGACUUUCUUCCUUCAUCCUGGUGAGAAGUUUGAGAGAGGGAUACAAGAUGCUAUUAUAUUAGAAUCUGAUGAAGCUCUUCUUGUCACUGCUCAAGAGGAAUUUGAUGAUGUUACUGAAGAUGGUAGUAAAGUCCAUCGUACCCCUGGUGACCGGUGGAUGAUUCAUGGACCAACUGACUAUAUACCUAGAACUGAGAUUGGGAAUAUACAGAGGAGGAAGGCUACUCCAUUGAAUGAGAAUGAAGGGAUUUAUGUUAGAAAUGUUCAGUCAGGACAGGUUCGUGCUAUAUUGGGCCCUCAGUCUUAUUUACUACAAGCUGCUGAGGAACUGUAUGAGAAAGAACUGACUCCACUAGCAGAAGAAAUAUUAAAGGAGGGUGGUGGUGUUGGUGAUGCCAGUAUUAGGAAGAUAGCAUAUUUUGAUGGAGCUAAAGAUCCUUCACUCUUUAAGGGAAAUAAGCGUGACAAGACUCGUGUAGUUACUUACAGGUGCCCCAGUAACUGUGCAGUCCAAGUGUACAAUUAUAUAGAGAAGACAGCUCGUGUUGUAUUUGGUCCUGAUCUUGUAGUGCUGGAUCCUCAUGAGAACUUUAAUGUCCUCAGCUUGAGUGCUGGUAAACCAAAGAAGGAGAAUGCCCUGAAGACUAUUUGCCUCAUGCUUGGUCCUGACUUUAUAUCUGACCAUAUUACAGUAGAGGCAUCAGAUCAUGCUCGUCUUAAGAUUGCUGUAUCAAUGAACAAUGAAUUCAGAGUUGAGAGAGGUAACCCAGAGAGUGAGGCUAUGCUGUUCAGUGUUCCAGACUUUAUUGGGUUUGCUUGCAGAGAAGUUGCUAGUAAAGUGAGAGGGAAGGUUGCCUCUAUACCAUUUGAACAGUUCCACAAACAUUCGGCCGAUAUUAUAACAGCUGCUGUGUUUGGUAAGAAUGCUGAUGGGGAAGUUAAUAAAGAAGUGAUAUUUACUGCCAACAACCUGGUGAUCACUAAUAUUUAUAUUCAAAGUAUUGAACCAAUCGAUCAUCAUAUGAGGGACUCUCUAUCUAAAUCUGUUCAAAUGGCAAUUGAGAUAUCUACCAAGUCAAUAGAGAGGUCAGCACAGCAUGAGGCACAGAGAACUGAACAAAAAGCAAAAGGAGAACUAGAGAGACAAAAACUACAAAAUGAAAAGGAGGCAGAGGAGGCAAGGAAGGAGUUGUUAGAGUUACAAGCAGUAGCAGCUGCUGUUGAGAGCUCUGGACAGGCUAAAGCAGAAGCACAAGCUCAAGCUGAGAGACUUCUCAUUGAAGGACAGAGUGCUAUUGAAUUGGCUAAAUUAAAAGCAGAAGCAACAAGAAUUGAAAUGGAAGCUGAACUUACUUGUCAAACUAAAAUGCAAGAGGCUGAGGUUCAGUUCUUGAGAGAACAGAAUGAACUGCAAAUAAAGAGAGCUAAAGAUCUCAGCAAAAUUGAAGUGUCUUAUACCCUGUUCACACUACCCUUCAGAACUGUACUGGAAUUCGGUUUUGGGGAAGAAUAGUGUAGUUUUAUAACAAGUGUGAACAUAACUGAACUGCACUGUAACCAAACCAAACCAGGCUAAAGUGGUGCACCAAAAUAGGUGCUCUGAAAUGGUGUAGUUAAGUUGUGAAGUUAAGUUGGUGUAGUUAAGUUGUGCAGUGUGAACUGCUACCAACAUGGUUCUUUAUAACCAAACUAAUCUAAUUAGGUACAGUUCUGUAGGUAGUGUGAACACAGUAUAAGUUUAGUACAUUGGUUAGUUCUAUGGGUAAGCAGACUAUAUCCCGUAUUGCUAAAGCUGGACCAGAAUCAAAGGCUCAUUUGUUACAGAGUUUAGGUAUACAGUCUGUUCUCAUUACUGAUGGUAAAACUCCAAUUAAUAUGAUUGGGAACCAGACAGGUGGCUAUACUACUACUUAUGCUCCUUAGAAAACUCUUUGAGGAGAAAUUUAUUAUUAUUAUUAUAUUAUAUAUUAUUUGUGUUAGUCAUUAGUUGUUUUUAGCUGGAUUUAUAUAGUUUUCAGAGAUAUUA